AUGGCAACUUCAUCUAUUCAACGAAUACUUGAACUUCGAAAUGCAUCUAUUCCAAAGGAUAAUGAUGAAAUUACUAUUACUGAACAUUAUUCAGCUACACAACUCGUUAUUAAACUAGCUCAAGGUCAAUUAACAGCUGGACAAGUUAUUAAAGCUUAUCUUAAGCGAGCUGGUAUCGCUCAUCAAUUGACUAAUUGUUUUACAGAGUUUCUUAAAAAAGAAGCAUUAGAUCGAGCUAAAUAUUUAGAUGAAGAAUUUAAAAGAAGAGGAGGACCUGUAGGACUACUUCAUGGUUUACCAAUUUCUCUCACGGAUAUGAUUCUUUAUGAAGCAGGUGCUAUUUUCUAUGUUCGCACUACUGAACCACAAAGUCUUAUGCAUUUAGAAUGUAGUAGUCCUGUUUAUGGUACUACUUUGAAUCAAUUUUAUCGAAAUUUAACUUCUGGUGGAAGUACAGGUGGAGAAGAUGCUCUUCUUGGUCUUAAAGCUAGUCCAAUGGGUAUAGGAACUGAUAUUGGUGGAAUACUCGAUAUGGAAUCAUGGUUAAGAGAUUCAUCUCUUGUAUCUAUUCCUUGGAGAUCGAUUAAUUUAAAUUCAAAAAAUUUGACAGUUGCUGUUAUGUGGGAUGAUGGCGUUGUACAUCCUCAUCCAUCUGUUACUUGUGCUCUUCGUGAAACAGUCGAACACUUAAAAAAAUAUGGAAUUCGAGUUAUUGAUUGGGAACCAAUUGAUUAUCAGAAAGGUUGGGGGAUUUGA